AUGCCUCUCGACACAUCCACAACAUAUCCCCUCACCAAGCUUCGCCUUGAUGGCCGUCGCUGGAAUGAGCUUCGACUGCUCCAGGCCCAGAUCUCCACGAACCCCGCCAGUUCGGGCUCAUCCUACUUGGCUAUGGGCAACACCGCGAUCCUGUGCUCCGUCCACGGUCCCGCAGAGGGACGUCGCGGUGAUGCCACAGGUGGUGCUGCGGGAUCAGCAGGUGCGGUAGUAGAGGUGGAUGUCAAUGUUGCAGGAUUUGCUGGAGUGGAUCGCAAGCGCAGAGCCGGCGGAAGUGACAAACAAUCUUCGCGCGUCGCAACGAUACUACGCUCUGCUUUCCAGUCGCAUCUUCAUACCCACCUCUACCCUCACAGUACGAUUAGCAUCCACGUCUCGGUUUUGUCGUCAGACGGUUCGCUCCUCGCCGCGGCGGUCAAUGCCUGUACGCUGGCGCUUGUGGAUGCCGGUAUUCCCAUGCCAGGUCUCCUCUGUGGGUGUACGUCAGGAAUGAGCGGCAGUGCGUCUACGCCGCGGGAUCCGAAUAAUGACACAUUGGAUCCGCUGCUGGACUUGUCUCUGCCGGAGGAGCAGGAGCUUCCGUUCCUUACGGUGGGAACGACGACGGCUGUACCGGUGGGAGAGGCGGCUAUGAUUAACGAAGACGAGGACGAGAUGAAGGUAGCAAUGCUGACGAUGGAUUCCAAGGUGCAUUGCACAUACGUUGAGACAAUGCUGGCGGUGGGAAUUGACGGGUGCAAGCAGAUCCGGGAGAUCUUGGAAGGCGUGAUCAAGAAGUCGGCACGCCGGUGA